GCUGAUGGCAAUAAUGGAACAGUUAACUGGACGACUAAGCAAGCCCACAGUUAUAUUAUCAGCAGAAUAAAGGCUGUUGAGAAGAAUGGUGAAAUAAGUAAUGAUCCUAUAACAUUUAAUACCAACUUAAUGGGUUACCCUGACAGACCUGGAUGGCUACGCUAUAUACAAAGGACACCAUACAGUGAUGGAGUGCUGUAUGGCUCACCAACUGUAGAAAAUGUGGGCAAACCAACCAUCAUUGAGAUCACUGCAUAUAACAGGCGUACCUUUGAGACAGCAAGGCAUAAUUUGAUCAUUAAUAUAAUGUCAGCAGAAGAUUUUCCUUUACCAUAUCAAGCGGAGUUCUUCAUAAGGAACAUGAACGUAGAAGAAAUGUUAGCAAGUGAAGUUCUUGGUGACUUUCUCGGGGCAGUGAAAAAUGUGUGGCAGCCAGAACGCUUGAACGCUAUAAACAUUACUUCAGCCCUCGACAGGGGAGGGAGAGUUCCACUUCCUAUUAAUGACAUGAAAGAGGGUGUGUAUGUUAUGGUUGGGGCAGAUGUUCCAUUCUCUUCGUGCUUACGAGAAGUGGAAAACCCACAAAAUCAGCUGAGGUGCAGUCAAGAAAUGGAGCCUGUAAUAACCUGUGAUAAAAAAUUUCGUACUCAAUUCCAUAUUGACUGGUGUAAAAUCUCUCUGGUUGACAAUACAAAACAAGUUUCCACCUUUCAGGAAGUGAUUCGUGGAGAGGGGAUAUUACCUGAUGGUGGAGAAUACAAGCCACCUUCUGAUACACUGAAAAGCAGAGACUAUUUCUCGGAUUUCCUAGUUACACUGGCAGUGCCCUCGGCAAUAGCACUGGUGCUUUUUCUAAUACUUGCCUAUAUCAUGUGCUGCCGACGGGAAGGAGUGGAAAAGAGAAACAUGCAAACACCAGACAUCCAGUUGGUCCACCACAGUGCUAUACAGAAAUCAACCAAAGAGCUUCGUGACAUGUCUAAAAAUAGAGAGAUAGCAUGGCCUCUUUCAACGCUUCCCGUGUUUCACCCAGUUACUGGUGAGAUCGUACCGCCCCUUCACACAGACAGCUACGAUAAUACCAGUAUGCCACUGAUGCAAACACAGCAGAACCUGCCACAUCAGACUCAGAUUCCGCAGCAGCAGAGUGCAGAAGCUGUAUGUUCACCAGGACAUUGCAUUGUAAGCAGAAAGCUGCGUCUGCUUUAAAAUUGCUAAAUGCUGGCUACGUUUCUUUAGCUGAGGUUUCUGAGGUCUCUGCUAAGAGAAAUUCUGAGUAAUUUAGGAAUUUAAGACUGAGGCUAAAAAGAAACUGUAAAAUAAGGUUGUUAGAGUUUGUAAAAAGACCAAAGUAGUCACUGGCUUUUUUUUUUUUCUUCUUUUUACAGUUAUGACCCUGUUCCUUCAAAACACAAAACCGUAUUUUAGGUUCAUUUUUAAGCAAACAAUGAUGUGUUUAUAGGCUUGGACCCGAGUGCAACACCUCGGCAGAUAGUUAAAACCAGUCCUGAGCUGCUUUUUAGACAGAUUUUGUGCAACAAGUAUGACAACUAUUGCAGCAAAGUAUCUAAUCGGUGCUCAGUAUGUUGUACAUCCUUGUAUAUUGUCAAGCCUCAAACAUCAGAGUUUGCAAGGCUGCCCUAAAUGCUAGGCACAACCCACAGCACAUGUUAACAAAUGCAUCUAGCCACAGGAAUAGUGCCGGUGGUUAUUAUACUACGAGAGGUAGCUCAAGCUACAGUCAUGUAAGGUGGAAAACUAAGUCAGUUUCUGAAACAGCUGGAAUGAAGAGCCAUUCCUACUCACUUUCAAAGUGGCACGCAUCAUGCCUACCUGCCUGCCUCAUCCCAAAGGUACCAGGGAAGAGAUUUCAUCAGUCAAUCAAUCAGCCUCCUAAGAGAUCCCUCCUUUUUUCCAGCAGCUUGGAUGGUUAGCGGUGAAAAGUGAAUUAGAAAACCGCACACUGAGAUUUAUAGUAAAUUAAAAAUUUAUGUCUUUUAUCCAAGCUGUGAAAAAUCCGAGUAGUACAAUCAGCAUUUGAUUUCUCUUAGUUUCUAGUACUAUUUUCAAAUGUAUGAGCUGUCAGUGCUUUGAAACAGAAAUGAAUGGAAUGGAUUUUAAAUAAUGAUUUUUAAUGCAACGUAACACUAAACUUCUUUGUAAAUAGUAUUGGUUUGGGAUCAUAACAGUUCCUGAUAACUCGAGGAUGACAUGACAAUCAAUGAACUGCCAGCUGAGCUGCUCCCAUCUUAUUUGUAUUAACGCGUAACAGUGCCAAUACAUUUAAGGAAAUUUCUUCAACUGUUAUGUACGUGCAUAAAGAAUCGGUUUGUACCAGCGGGUGCUCCACCUAUUCUGAAAAGAAUCUAAUGCUCUAGGUGACUUGGGUAUUACUAAGCACACCUGAACUAUUUUAUGAUUGAAAGCUUCAUUUAUUUGAGGUAAGUUUAAUAACAAAUUAUUUAUUUUUACUUACUAAAACCACUACUGUGGAAGCAUAGAUUUAUAAAGCUGGCUAAAGACUUAAUGGCUAAAGAAUUAGUAAUAGUUAAAAGUGCUGAUAGUUAAAACAGUAAAUUCACAACCUUUUUAAUGAUGUACAAUGACGGUAUGAACUGGUAUUGUAUUGAUUAAGUGACAGUUGCAACCAAAUUAAAUAGCAAGCACUACAGAUGUCUUUGUAAAUAUAUGAAAUGUGAAAUCUAAUAAAUAGGAAAGCACUAAGUAGUGAUGUUGCUGCCUGGUUAUUUUACAUAAUGAAGCCUGCACAGCUUCUUGUUACAGCUGUUAAGGUUACAGACAGCGAUACCGGAUAGUAAGUGUCCAAGAAUCGAAGUGGAGCCGACGGUGCAGGGUUUGUGUUUAACUGGGGGAGAUGCCUAAAUAGGUGGUGUAACUGGAAAGGGCGAGUACUUGCACCGCUUAGUUUGGGCGCCCACCUUAGGUAUUAUCUCCCCGAUUACACAAGGAGCUUUGGGGAUAGCAACUACCACUCUGAAUCCUUUGCUUAAGGAGCCCCUUCUUCUAUUUAGGGUGGGACUUAAGUAGCUUAAUUAAACGCUAAAUUCCUUAACCCAAACAAAUCUUAAGGAUGCUUUCAUGCAGAGCUCUGCCGUGGAGUUUCCAGCGUGUAACCCAGGGGGGAAAAAGUAUUCGACACCUCCACUGCGGAGUUCUGCUGAAGUCCCCCGAGCUCCAGGGGUGGCUUUGGCUACCGGAGCUGUAAUUUCAUCAGACCUGGGACAGUGCGAUUUACUGCGGAAGAACCUUUCUUCCUGCAUUGCAUCUGAAAUAAUUUGUGAUACAAGUGAGUAUCUGCCCUGCACUUGAAGCGCAGUAUCCAGAAUAUCACCUUGCAGAAACUGCGAUACUAACCCAUAAUUUAAGGUAGGCAUAACAGUGAACGGUAGCCCAGCUAGAGUCAAGCAAUAAAAAGUUUUUACUUAAUUGAUGCUGCUCCCAUUACAAAAAUAAGCAUCCACGGCACAUUUAUUUAAUGUUUAAAUUACUUCAUAUUUUUACAUAACCUGAAAAGAAAAUAUAUUUAUCCCACAUACAGUAAUAGUAAACAAGUGCAUUAUUUCAAGCAUUAAAAAUAAAUCUUUUAACCAAGUCUGUACAACAGAUAAAUAAAAUGGUAUCUACAAUACUUAAGUUGUGAAGAACAAAACAAAAAUUAUCCCUCAAACUCACAGCUCCCCAUUGCUCCUAAUACUGGCAUAGAUGAAGGUUACGCUCCUAUCCCCCACGAGAGUGUUCACCUAUACCAUUUCUUUCAGCCACUCAAAUGUACCGAUCAAGGAGGUUAACUUUCCAAACACCGGAAGUAACGCACGCAAAGAACAAAUAAAUAGCUGAGUGUCUUUCCAAGAGCUUCGAAACAGCUGCCAGACUUACUAACUGCUGAAUUUGGGGGGAGUGAUUUAUUUUUUCUUUUAUGAUGAAUGACUGGUCACUCUUUAAAAGAAACUGUUCUCAGCCA